AUGGCCGAGCUCAGUCCGGAAGAAAGGAUCAAGCUCGCUGUGCAGUUUAUCGCGCAGAGCCCUCCGGGCGAAGUCAACGCGGUCGAGCACGAGGCGGACGAGGCGGCCAACAUCUAUCCUCACGUCUCGCUCCUCUCUGAGGCCGUCAUCGCCCCUACGACGGGCACGCAGGAGCGCUUCGUUGACUUUGAGGCCGCACGCUCCUUCUCCUUCGACCACGUCCGCAUGACACCCAGCGACUAUGAGCCCUACGUCCUUCCCAGCAAGGAUGAGGCCAUCCGCAAGUCGUUCGCCGAGAGCCUCUCGGCCUACACGCGCAACCACUUUACCGAAGGCCGCUGGUCCGUCGCGUGCGAUCAGUACCCCGUCGCGACUGCGGCUGUCGGCGUGCUUGAGCCCGCCCCGACACCGACAGGCAGCCAGAGCGGCAGCGUCAGCGCGAGCGUCCCCCCCAGUCGCGCAGUCAGCCCGGCCGUCCCCCCGAUUCCUGAGGGCAUCGCCGUGCCCUCUGACACCCCUGCCGACGGCACCAGCAGUGCUGCGUCGGAUCUCCCGAAGGACGCCGAGGUCGACGCUCCCGGCGGUCUGAAGGACCUCGACGACGAGAUGGAGGGCGUCGCCGAGCGCCUCGAUCCCACGGGCACGGCCGCGCUCGGCGAAACGCCCGGCAAGCUCGAGCCCGAGCCGACGCCGUCUGUCGGCGACGCAGAUCUGCCGAAGGACGCCGAGGUCGACCAGCCCGGCGCGCUGGCUGACCUGGACCGCGAGAUCGCCGAGGAGGUUGAGGCUGAGGCCGAAGCCAUGGCCGAGGACAAUGCGGCGAGCGGAGCAGCUGCAGGCGCGCCCGCCGCGACUGGGGCCGCAGCAGUGGACGACGAGAAGUUCACGAGCCUAGACGCGAAGCUGGCCGAGGUGGAAGCUGCAGACGCGGCUGGCGGGCACGAGAUCCCGAGUGCGUCCGCGACGCCGGCGGCGCUGAAGCAGACGCCGAUUGCGCAAGAGUCGCGCGCGCACCCGUCCUACACCCUCGAAGUGGUCGGGAACCGGUACAACCCGAGCAACUUCUGGACGGGGCGGUGGCGCACGCGCUGGGUCGUCGAUCCCGCCGUCGGUACUGUGACGGGGACGAUUCUCGUCGACGUCCACUACUACGAGCAGGGCAACGUGCAGCUGUCGACGGAGCAUCGGGCCGCGUUCCCCGUCCCCGUCGAAACGUGGGAGGACGGACGCGACGCCGCGUCCCAGAUCGUAGGCACCAUUGCCAAGAUUGAGCAGGCGUACCAGCUCGAGCUGGGCGAUGUGUACGAGGAGUUUGGCGAGAAGAGCUUCCGUAACCUCCGCCGGGCACUGCCUGUCACGAGGCAGAAGAUUGACUGGGACAAGGUCCAGGGAUACUCCCUCGGAAGCGACCUCAGCAAGGCGAGGUAA